GUGGUAAAGAUAGCCAUCAUUGUAUAUGUAUGUCACAGAAGAUCUAAGAUGAAAGUGGAUCCACUGGUUAAUGACUCCCGUUUUAUUCCCUUGACCAUGGUCAAGUUCAUGGACGACAUGGAACGAGAAAAGCCCAUUCGGUUUACAUCUCAACAGCUAAGAAUAGCAAUGGAAAACUUCAGCAUCUUAUUGGGUUCAGGCGGGUUUGGGACAGUUUACAAGGGGAUCUUUAGCAAUGGAACGGCCGUGGCAGUGAAAGUACUUAAAGGGAGCACUGACAAGAGAAUAGAAGAACAAUUCAUGGCGGAAGUAAGCACAAUGGGAAGAACCCAUCACUUUAAUCUUGUUAGGCUUUUUGGGUUUUGCUUUGAGUCGAGUUUAAGAGCUAUCGUAUACGAGUUCAUGGUUAAUGGAUCUUUGGAUAACCAUCUGUUUAAAGCAAACAAAGGGGAUAUGAUAGGGUUUGAGAAGGUUCAAGAGAUUGCGGUGCGAACUGCAAGAGGCAUUGCAUACUUGCACGAAGAAUGUCCACAGAGAAUAGUUCACUAUGAUAUCAAACCAGGAAAUGUACUGUUGGAUUCCAACUUUUGUGCAAAAGUAGCCGAUUUUGGUUUAGCCAAACUUUGCAACAGGGAUAACACUCAUAUAACAAAGACAGGGGGACGGGGUACCCCAGGGUACACUGCACCCGAGCUCUGGAUGCCUCUCCCGGUUUCUCACAAAUGUGAUGUUUAUAGUUUUGGCAUGCUACUUUUCGAGAUGAUAGGUAGGAGGAGAAACAUGGAUGUGACUCUUGGUGAUAGUCAGCAGUGGUUCCCGAAAUGGGCAUGGGAUAAAUAUGAAAAAAAGCAAUUGAAAGAUUUGAUGAUAGUUUGCGGAUUUGAGGAAAAACAUCAAGAAGCUGUGGAAAGGAUUCUUAAGGUAGCUCUAUGUUGCGUACAGUAUAGGCCCGAGACUAGGCCAGUGAUGAGCAUUGUUGUGAAAAUGUUGGAAGGAGCUUUAGAGGUACCAGAGCCCUUAAAUCCUUUUUCGUAUUUAUUUUCAGGGGUCAAUGAUGCUAAUGAUUCUUUGGCUCGAAUAGCAUGGAAUGGUGGUGGUUCAAAUUGGUCUUCAUCCGAAGUAAUCACCAGGUCUACCGUGGUCACAGGGACCCCUCUCAUGAAGAGAUAUGAGCCUAUGCUGGAUUUUAUCCACGCAUCCCCUGCAAGUUAUUGCAUCAUGGCAGAUCCCGAGAAGAUCUUUGUUCAUCUUCUUCGUGAAUUCUGGUGGACAUGUGACUAUGAUGAGUCCACCAAGGCUAUUACCGGCCCUGUACGCCAGGGGUCGAAAAUAAUCACCAUCACCCCAGAAUCACUUCGCCAUACCCUUCGGUUUCCCCAAGAAACUGAAGAAAAUAAUAUUCUUGAAGCAGUUAGUGAUGAUGUAUGGAAGGCUUGGUUGCCUUCAAUUGGGUAUAAUCAUAACUUAAGAAACCCUACAGUUGCCCUAAGCAAUCCUUUAAAACAAAAUCUUCCGGGGAUAUGGAGGGUUCUUUUCACCCAUGUCAUUCAGUGUGUGGGUGGAAACUCAGGAUCUGAUGUGUUGCUCGAAAUUCCCUUUUACAAUUAA